AUUCAAUGCUUUCAUAUUCAUAUAAAAUAUUAUAUUGAUUACUUGCCAGACACCACAGACGACUUUUAAGUUUACAACAGCCUCAAAGCUGUAUUUUAAAAUACUUUCAGCAGUACUUCGGUUAUUAUUAGAACUUCCAACAGAGAACAGAAAGGACAAAAGUAAGAAAUGGCAAGCGGUUUCCCAGGAGAUAAGGUCUCAACAACAUGGCUGAAGAAGCAACUGGAUGAGAACAACACUAACAACAUACGGGUCCUGGAUGUUUCCUGGUCAAUGGAGAAGGACUGUAGGACCGACUAUGACCUUAAGCAUAUUCCAGGAGCUCAAUAUUUUGAAAUAAUGCACAACGUAGAGAACAAUGAGUUCUUCCCUUGGAAUUUUCCCUCAGCAGCCGUUUUCGAGACAUAUGUCCAAUCCCUUGGGAUCAGCGCUGAAAAUCACGUCGUCGUGUAUGCUACAUGUAUGCCCCCUGGUUUGAAUGGUUACUUCGUUGCCGGAAGAGCAUGGCUGCUUUUCAAGAGGUUUGGACAUACAAAAGUGUCAAUCUUAGAUGGAGGUUUUGAGAAAUGGAUACAGGAUGGCUUUCCUACUUCUUCAGAGGUGCCUACAUUUGACAAAGGGAACUUCAGAUCCGAAGUCAACCCCGACAUCUAUAAAACAUAUGAACAGCUUACAGAAAACCUCAACCAAGGUGUCGUUCAGGUCAUUGAUUCAAGACCCCCAGAGAAAUACAUAAUCAAUGAUGAAGCUAAAACUGGGCACAUCCGAGAUGCGAUAAAUAUUCCAUUUUCACUAUUAAUGGAUGAUGAUACACAGACCCUCAAAAGUCAAGAAAAAUUGAAAACAUUAUUUGAAGAGAAAGGGGUAGAUUUGAAGAAACCUAUUGUUACAAUGUGCAAUAGUGGAAUGUCGUCAUGUACAAUGGCAUUUGCUGCCCAGUUGCUGGGUGCUGAUAGUGCCCUCUAUCAUGGUGGGUGGAAUGAAUAUCGUAGAAAAACAAACAAUUCUUAGACGAAAUGGACUAGAUUUCAUUGCGUAUGUUAUAUUUGUAUUUUGUAUUUUGUGUAUAGUUUUCUUAGACAUAAAAUAAAAAUUAAAUACAAG